GCCUUGGCUCUAUAAAUUUGCCUAUAAAUAUGAAAAGUUGCCCUUCUCCGCAAACAAAGCUUCACUCUUCUCUCUAUUUUUUUUUCCAAAAGGCACUAUGGCUGAAAUCGAUAACAAAAACCUCUUUACCAAGAUCAACGUUGGUAGUGGAACUGACUUGAUGACCAUGACCCGUUGGGUUUUGGCUCAACAACAGGCUUCUGCUGAAGCUACUGGUGAUCUUACCAUCCUCUUGACGGCCAUUCAGUUUGGCUGCAAAUAUGUCGCCUCCAAGGUCAAGCAAGCUGGUCUCAUCAACCUCCUCGGAUUGACUGGAGAAGCCAACGUUCAAGGAGAGGAUGUCAAGAAGCUCGAUGUACUUGCUAACGAUAUCUUUCGUAAUUCAUUGAUCGCUUCUGGUAAGGUGUCAUUGUUGGUGUCCGAAGAAGACGAACACGCUAUGGUGGUCGAGAACCCAGAACAGCGCGGAAAAUACAUUGUCACUUUUGACCCUCUUGAUGGAUCCUCCAACAUUGACUGUGGUGUCUCGAUCGGAACCAUCUUUGGCAUCUUUAGAGUUCAAGAUGGUGAGGAAGUUGGUAUGAAGGACCUCAUUCGUAGCGGUAGAAACAUGGUUGCUGCUGGUUACUGUAUGUAUGGUUCAUACUGUGAAAUGAUCUUGUCUGUCGGAAGUGGUGUCAACGGCUUCACACUGGACCCAGCCAUCGGAGAGUUCAUCAUGACCCAUCCCAAUAUCACCUUGCCUCCUCGAGGAAAGAUCUACUCUGUCAAUGAGGGUAACAUGAAGUAUUUCGAUGAGCCUUCCAAGAACUAUGUCAACGCUGUUAAGAACAAGUACUCUGCUCGUUAUGUUGGUUCCAUGGUGGCCGAUGUUCACCGUACUCUACUUUAUGGUGGCAUUUUCGGUUACCCUGCUGAUAGCAAAUCAAAGCGUGGAAAGCUCCGUAUCUUGUACGAAGUCUUCCCCAUGGCUUACUUGAUAGAACAGGCCGGUGGUAAGGCUACAACCGGCACACAGUCGGCUCUGGAUCUGGUACCCGAGCAUAUUCACGAUCGUUCCGGCGUCUGGCUCGGCUCAAAAGAAGAUGUUGAAGAGCUUGAGUCCUUCUAUAAGCAAGCCUAAAUAUAUCAUGCUUCCUAUACAGUGCUGGGGUGCUCUCCAUAGUCCUUUCUCUCAUCAGUUAACUUUACCUUCGCACACUUGAUGUAAUAUACACAAAAUCGCAUACCGUCACAAAUAAUCUUAUUUGCCUGAUCUUUACUACUGUUCGCUGUUGAGGGAUAGGAAAUGUUCAAAGUUAUGAC